GAUGCCAGAGUUAUACAGAUAGUGUGUCUACAACAGUCUACUCGUGUGGUUGUGUUUUACUGCUUACAUUUCAGAGUAUUGUGCAACUUUAGUGAAACAUGGCAAGUUCUAUUACCGCAAGGUCUGUUCUAACUGCAGCUAGCAUUAAGAUGCCUUAUGUCGGCCUGGGAACUUGGCUGGCCAGCUCUGAAGAGAUCGAGACGGCGGUGGAUGCCGCGCUCACGGCCGGAUACAGACACAUCGACACGGCCUUUGCCUAUGAGAACGAGGCGAUGAUCGGGAACGUACUCAAGAAGUGGCUGGACAGCGGUAAAAUCAAGCGUGAGGAGCUCUUCAUUGUUACCAAGCUACCGAACAACGCUAUGCGCGAAGAUUUGGUGGAGGACUACCUGAAGCAGUCUCUGUCAGCAUUGCAAUUGUCAUACGUGGAUUUGUAUCUUGUACAUAUGCCCGUGGGCCUACAGUCUGGUAUAGGUCUGAGGCCUCGCAAUGAAGACGGGUCCUUUAAAUUGGAUCAAACCACUGACAUUCUUGCUGUUUGGAAGGCGAUGGAAAAACAAGUAGACAGAAGCCGAGCAAAAGCUAUAGGAGUAUCCAACUUCAACAUUAACCAGCUAGAGAGGAUCCAGAAGAUAUCUCGUAUUCCACCAGUCAAUAACCAAGUAGAGUUACACGUGUACUUGCAACAGAAGGAUCUGCAGAAGUACUGCAAGGACAAUGGAAUCAUCAUGACUGCUUACGCCCCGCUUGGAUCUUCUGGUAUGGUGGCGUUUGUGAAAAAAGCAGGAGUUACAUUAGAAGGAGGGAAAGAUGAGGAUCCAAGAGCAGAUCCAGUGGUGGUACGCAUUGCAAAAUCUCAUAACAAAACAACAGCUCAGGUUCUGCUGCGGUUUCUCAUCCAGUCCGGCAUCAACAUCAUCCCCAAGAGUGUCAAUCCUGACCGUAUCCGCCAGAACUUUCAGUUGUUCGACUUUGUGCUGACCAACAAGGAGAUGGCCGAGUUGAAUGCUCUGGACAAAGGAGAAGACGGAAGAAAAUUCUGCGGAGAUCUGCUGAGAGGAAUGCAAAAGCAUCCAGAAUACCCGUUCCCCAACUGAGGCAAAAACCCUUUUACGUACGGUUCUGAUUAUAUUAUUUGUUGAUUUUAAAAAACGUUUUCAUAUUAUACUACAUAUUUGUAAAUAAAGUAAGCAUUGUCCUUUGA